AUGCGUUGGCAGCCACUGCUAGUAACUUCCCUGCUCACUGUUUGUUGUUAUUAUUACAGCCUGUUGACUACUCUACAUACCUUUCAGAAACAGCUUUUGUUUUAAAAAAAAAAUGAGCAUUCCAGUGGUGGACUUUGGCGCAUACAGCCUAAGUGAGGAAGAUGUGACUGACGACCAGAUGCAAAACUUAAGCAAAGAUUUGAAAACAGCUUUUACGGAAGUUGGUUUUGUUUUUCUGAAGAACACUGGGAUCACUCAGGAGGAGGUGGACCGUGUCAUGGCUAUAUCCAAGACGUUCUUCCUGCAGCCAGAUGAAGUGAAGCAACCCUUCAGCAGGAAAAGCUUUGCCCACAAUCCCAACCACGGCUGGGUGUCUCUGGAGAUGGAGAAGUUGAAUCCACGUCGGCCGGGAGACCUAAAGGAGGCAUUCAACUAUGCUUCACUACACCCUGACAUUAGAUGGCCGUCUAUAAAAGGGUUCCAGGAGAUCCAGACGUCUUUCUUCCAGCGCUGUACAGAGCUAAGUCUGCGGGUGCUGAGGGUGAUGGCCCACAGUCUGGGUCUGAACCCGGAGGUGUUCCUGGGUGCGCACCGUUUAAUAGGAACUGAUGAGAAUGGCACAACCCUGCGGUCUCUGUACUACCCACCAGUAAACCAUGAGACAGUGAAGGAGGGUCAGCUGCGAUGUGGAGAACAUUCCGACUAUGGCAGCAUCACCCUGCUGUUUAGCAGCUCUGAGGGUCUGCAGGUGCGAAAACGUUCCGGUGAAUUCAUCUGUGCUCCCUCCGUCCCCGGAGCGGCCCUCAUCAAUGUGGCUGACCUGAUGCAGCGCUGGACCAGUGAUCAGUUUGUCUCUGUGGUCCACAGAGUUCUGCUGCCCCCUGCUGGAGACCCCAGUACACGUCAGUCUUUGGCUUUCUUCGUCCAGCCCGAUGAUGAGGCUCUGAUCACCUGCUGCGACGGCUCCAACAAAUACCCCCCAGUUACAGGAGGCGACUACCUCACGGAGCGCUUUAACGCCUCGUAUGGAAACUGAAUCUCUACCCCCCCCCCUAUUCUGUAGAAAACAAGCAGCCAGUGUAGGAACCUAGAAUGGGAGUAACAUGCUCCCUUCUUUUUGAUCUUGUCAAAACUCUUGCUUGCUGCAUUUUGAACUAGUUGGAGACAAGACUUGGUGAUACCAAUAUAUCACAACUGGUUGCAAUAAUCAAGGCGGGAAGCUAUAAAGGUAUUAUUAUUAGACAGUUUUUAAUUGUUAAGUGUUUACUUCAUGGUCCUAAAAUUACAACCUACAAAUUGAUUGAUUCAAACCAGGAAUGUAUUCAUGUUUUGUCAUCAAGUUAGUUUUGUCUAAAAUAACCAAUAUGUCACUAUAGAUCCCACACUCUUUUUACAUUUUAAAUUGAAUGGUGUCAGUGAGCUAAGGUUUAUGACUAAAAGAGAGACAAACCUGAAACCUGCAAGCUCAUUUGUUUUAUUCACAUUCAAACCUUGUACAGCUUAAUGAAUUUCUCACACAGGAGAAUUUAUUUAAAGGGACAUAAUAACCCGUCUAUUGCACCUCAAUUGCUCAAAAGAUUACUUAUCUUUGAGACCUUAUUCGAUCUCUGAGCUGUUGUAUUAAUCUAUAAUGCACAUAGUUUUAACCAUGUGACUCUAUCUGUAAUUUAAUGAAAGUUUCCCAUCACCUAUGAGAGAGACAAGGCCCAAUUCAACCUGCUGCAGUUUCAUUACAGUGGCGUAGAGAAUAAAUAAAUAAAAGAAAGAAGAAAAAAAAAAAAU